CGUACGAGCUCGUCUGCCGGGGACCCAACCGCCGCCCUGUGGCCUCGAUUUAAUGGCCACUACCAGACGAUGCCCGCAGCUGCAGAGCACACCCGCGCACCGUGCCAGCCGUACAGACACACCCUCGAGCUCUCCACCUCCGCAAUGGCGUCGCCGCCCACCCGUCGCCGGGCCAGCGUGUUGCAGGCGGCGUUCCUGCUCGCCCUGUGCUGCUGCUGCUGCUGCAGCGGCGGCACCUCGCCGACGGAGUCGCCGAAUGUGCCGGCGGUGAUCGUGUUCGGGGACUCGACGGUGGACACGGGCAACAACAACGCGAUCGGCACGACACUGAAGAGCAACUUCCCGCCGUACGGGCGCGACAUGGCCGGUGGCCAAGCCACGGGGCGAUUCUGCAACGGGCGGCUGCCGCCGGACUUCAUCUCCGAAGCGCUCGGCCUGCCGCCGCUGGUACCCGCCUACCUCGACCCUGCCUACGGCAUCCAGGACUUCGCCCGCGGCGUCUGCUUCGCCUCCGCCGGUACCGGCCUCGACAACGCCACCGCCGGCGUCUUGUCAGUGAUCCCGCUGUGGGAGGAGGUGGAGUACUUCAAGGAGUACCAGCGGCGUCUCCGGCGGCACGUCGGCAGCAGCGAGGCGAGGCGCAUCGUCUCCGACGCGCUCUACAUAGUGAGCAUCGGCACCAACGACUUCCUCGAGAACUACUUCCUGUUCGUCACCGGCCGGUUCGCGCAGUUCACGGUGGGCGAGUUCGAGGACUUCCUCGUCGCGCAGGCGGAGUGGUUCCUCGCCGAGAUCCACCGGCUCGGCGCGCGCCGGGUCACCUUCGCGGGGCUCAGCCCCAUCGGUUGCCUGCCGCUGGAGCGCACGCUCAACACGCUCCGCGGCGGCUGCGUCGAGGAGUACAACCAGGUGGCCAGGGAGUACAACGUCAAGGUGCUCGACAUGCUCCACCGGCUCUGCGCGUCGCGGCCGGGGCUCAAGGUCGCGUACAUCAACGUGUACCAAAACAUGCUCGACCUCAUCAACGAUCCUUCCACCUUGGGGCUGGAGAACGUAGAAGAGGGAUGCUGCGCGACGGGGAAGUUGGAGAUGUCCUACCUGUGCAACGACGCGAGCCCCCUGACGUGCGAGGAUGCCAACAAGUAUUUCUUCUGGGACUCCUUCCAUCCGACCGAGAAGGUGAAUCAGUUCUUCGCCAAGAAGACACUGGACGUAUGCUACAAGGAGCUCCUGUGAUGCAUCCCCACUGUGGCUAGUGACAUGAAAUAUAUUGUGAUCCGGUUGGUCAAAAUGUUGCUAAUCAAUUGCCGUGUAUAGGAUUCGUCGAGAACGAUUCGAUGCAUUGCUCCGUUUCGAUGCAUCAAUUCUCUCGGUUUAAAUUAUCAAGAAGAUAAAAUGUACGCAUUUCAGUUACACUUGGUUCCGUACGUUCUUUAUGUCAUUU